AUGAGCUUCGUCGCCGACGUCUCCAAGAGCCUGGGAGAAUACUUGUUGAAAGGAUGGACGCUCACAAAUGAUCCCUGUCCCAAAUGCUUCGUACCGAGGAUGAGGGCCCCAGCAUACUCAAACGAGCCUAAAAACUUGAUAUGCGUCAAUUGCGACUCUUCCCAACAGCCGAGUACAUCCCAGGCGACAGUGAAUGAUAGCGUCUCAGCGUCAACAAAUAGCGAUGAAAGAAGUGGUAUAUCGACACCUCUCACCGAUGUCUCUCCACCUCCAUCACCGCCGUUUGUAUUACCCCCUCCCAGCGAGGAGACGCUGAGAAGACGUGCUCAAUCUGACAGAGCGUCACAAGAGAUCGGAAAUCUUAUGCUGCGAGGGUAUACUAUGCUCGCGGACGAAUGCCCGAAUCCGACGUGCUAUGGGAUCCCAUUGGUGAGAGCCCCAGGGGACAAAGAAACGACGCCAAAGGAAUGUGUCGUCUGCGGGAGUCGAUACAUGCCUAAUGGCGAAGUGCAGAUACCUGGGCAGCCCAAGCCUAAUAACUCGAAUACAAAUGGACCCAAGAUACCAGAAGGCGGAGUAAGUGAAUCCAAAGUAUUCGAGGCGCAUGACAAUUCGACUUCAGCCCCCAAGAGACCUUCCUCUCCAAGAGCUCAACCCGAUGAGAUCCCAAGAUCGAAGUCCUCGUCACCUACAAUCGCAAAUCUUCACAAAGCCCUUGACAAGCUGGAUGAACUACUAGUUGAUGCGACAAACAGAGCCGAUAUCUCUCGAAUACGGGAUUGCGCAGAGGCGAUAUCAAAAGUAGCGACGGCCCUCAAGGAUCUAUCGUGA